AAUAUUUGUGAUUCUCAUAACAGGAGGACUGUGCCAUAUGGGCUGUCUAACUACAGAGGCAGUUUUAGAGGCAAAAGGUCUACAGGCCAGAUUCAAAGUACUUUGCAAUCUUCAUUUCGGUGUUCUUGUUUGGAUGUGCAUGACAAACAGUGUUUGCAGUUUUGCAGAAGAAUGCAAGACAGAAGAAGCUUUAACGUUUAUUUGCUGAAGCUCAGAAGCAAGAACUUAAACUACAACUCUCCCUUGAGAUGGACAAACUUGAUGCUUCAGUCUGAUGCCAGUGGAGAAUUCAGCAGUAUGCAACACUUUCAUUUCAACAAUGCCACUUUGAGGGCAUGUGAACCUGUAUGAAGAAGCUUUCUCCCAUGCUCCCCUCGCGAGAGUCUUAGUAAAGGAUAAUCUUUAUCAUGUAACCUGGCAGGGAAUGUAUCAGUAUUGAAGAAAAAUUCAAAGGCAGAUCCAAACUUCAGCAACACAAAGUUUCAGGAAACGUUUUGCCUAUGUGAUUUUAAAAAGUACAAUAGAAACAUACUGUUCCACUUACUGCUUGCUGUAUGUCUGAAAAAUCCAUCCAGAGCUUUAUGCAGGCAACUGUAAUUGGAGAAUGAUGAGUUAGAGAGAGAUUGCCUAUACAUGAGUUCUCAUUAAGAAUAAACAGAUACAAAAUAUUUCUCUUGUUAAUGUAUGCAAGCCUGAAUCCUCAUAUUGUAACUUCGUGGCAGAUGUUUAAAUGACAGUAUCUAUGCAGAAUAAAUAUGAAUGGCUAAUAUAAAUAUUAUUAUAGACUAUAGCAAGUUAAGAGUAUACAUUGAGUAUUCAAUAGAUUACCUAAUUUAGGCACAAAUUAUUCCUGCACUUCAAAAUUCCAUUCAGAAAACAUUUACAGGGAUUAUUUAAGGAUGCACUGUAGCUGAUGAACAGAACUCCAAUUAUCCGUCCCAGAGAAUUUCCAGAAGAUGAAAGGGUAGGACUGUGGAACUUCAGAUGAAACUUCAUACAGUCAGAGUAAUGUACUGUACUAGACCAUUUGCUGUCCUAAGCCCCUACAUACGUUAUCGUCCACAGUACAUGCAUUUGUCUUUGCUAGUACUAUAAACCACAGCUUCAUCUCUUUAUUGAAAUAUCAUCACUGAAUAACUUGGAAACUUGGCAAUCAGGAUCAUGUCCAACCCUGGACAUUUUUCAAUGUAAAUGAUUUCUUCAGAAAUUAUGGACUGUUUUUUUUUUGCUAGGAGGAUGCAAGAGUAAGCUAGGAAAAAAAGAGUAACUUUUGCAAAUCCUAUUCUGUAUUAUUUAAAAAGAAAAAGAGGAAAUCCCUUACUUGUGACAUUAUAGAUAUUUUUUUGGUUUGACUGACUUUCCCCAGGGCACACAGGUUAAACUCUAACCCAAUGACACUGAAUUAUGUUUUAUCAGAAGAAAGAUGGAGACCAAAAGAAAGAUGAAAAGAAAUUAAUAGUAAAAAUGGUUAUAUAGGCUUAAAACGGUGGUAAUAGACUUUGUUUGAAACAAGAAAGGGAGGUCUUUGCCAAAAUAUAUAUGAUAUAUUUUAUAUAUUUGUGAAUAUAUUUCAUAAAUAAAUUAUUAUAGUUAUAAAAUUAAAUAUAUGUUUCAGUUAUUGCAUUUGUGUCGGUUUCCUACUUGCUGUACAAAUGAUUUUGUACAUUAAUAGAAAAUAGAGUAUUUAUUGUAUAAAAUCACUUCACAUACUAUUUUCUCAUAAUUUUAAAAAAGACACUGUAUAGUUUUGGGGGUUUUAAAAAUAAUCAAGCUUUGUUAUGAAGAAUGCGUAAUGUUCAUUUAUAACCACCAACUGGAAUUUUUCCUCCCCCGAAUGCAUAUGCCUAGGUCAUACAAAAACUCGCCUUCUUCAGGAGACUGAUAGGUCUCCUAACAGUUUGAGAAUUGA